CUGAGGGAUCUUCUUUCCAGACUGGACUCCAAAAAUUAUGUGGGAUCUCCUUGGAUUCUUGUUUAUCACCUAUCAAAGCAUUGUUAUUCCCUUCAGAAUAUGAUUCGAUGCCAACGCAACAGGAUUUUUGGCGAUUUUUGAAUUUAGUCAGGAUAUUUAUUUCACCAUUGACAUCCUCAUCUCUUUUAACACAGGUUAUUACGAUAAAGGAGUUUUGUACAUGAAGAGAGCAAUCAUUAUUUCAAAAUAUCUAAGAACUUGGUUUGUUCUUGAUGUUGCUGCUAUCUUCCCCUAUUCAUUCGUAUUGGAGUUGUUCAUCAGCGGAGAGAAUAAUGCAGCUCUUAAGACUCCCCAGUUACUUAGGUUACUAAAAAUUAUUAGAUUUGUUAGAAUUCUCAGGAUUAUUAGAAUUUUCAAACUUGGAAAAUUUAUGUACAAGAUUGAAGAAUAUAUCGUCACUGAUACAUUGACAGUGAUAGUUGAUUCAUUCAAACUCCUCAUUUUCAUCUUAUAUGUUGGUCACUGGCUUGGCUGUGUAUUCCAUUUUGUUGGUGAUUACGAAUCUACAACAAAACCGACAAACUGGCUGACGAAUAAUGAUCUGCAAGAUGAAUCCCUUUUCAACAAUUAUAUUGCAUCGUUUUACUGGGCUAUUACAACAAUGGCUACCGUUGGAUAUGGUGACUUAACUCCUCAAACAAAUGCAGAGAUCUUGUUUACCAUUUUUGGAAUGUGACUUGCAUGAGGAAUCUUUGCUUAUUCUGUAGGAGCUAUUGGGACUAUUGUAAAUAGGCCCAAUCUAAUGACCGCAGAAUUUAGAUUAAGAAUGCUACAUAUCAACCAGUUCUUGCUAAAACAUGAAAUUCCAAAUGAUCUCAGAUUAAAAAUUAUGUCAUAUUUGGAUGAUAUGUGAGAAUACAAGAGAAAAAUCAAACUUGAUGAAAAUGAAGUUCUAAACAUGCUCAAUGAGACUCUCAGGGAUCAAGUAAUUGCCUUCAUCAAUGGAAAUAUGAUAAAUCAGUCAGGCGUAUUCCAAACAUUCAAUAUCAUGGUGAUAUCUCAAAUAACCUUUAAACUACAGCACCAUAUGUUUUCAGUCGACGACCCAAUGAUAGAAGAGGGAACACCUGGCCUGAGAAUGUACUAUAUAAGCAAAGGUGGUGGAAUCCUUCUACACAAAAGAACCAGGACCUUUAUUAAAGAGAUAAAGCCAGAAGCCUGUGUUGGAGAGCUUGGUUUCUUCUCUAACCAAAAGAGAAGAGCAACUAUGAGAUCUAAUACCUUUACUGAAGUUCUUCAUAUUUCUAAAGAUGCCUUCCUUCAAAUAGCUGAGAUUGAUACUGAAUCAGGAAAGAUUCUCAGGAUGAUUCAGAAUAAAAUCAAAAGAAAGAAGAACCUCUCAUGCAUUGGAAUAUACUGCUACAUCUGUGAAAAUCCUGGUCAUAUUAGUCUAGAUUGUAAAAGCUUUCACUUAAUCCAAGGUAAUAUCACAACGCAUAGCAAGAGUUUUUAAAGAUUUCGAGUCUCCACUAAUCACACUCAGAAAUCCAAAAGGAGGAAAGAAUAAGUUCAGGAAUAAACGUAAAGGAAUGAGACUCAUCAAGAAAGACUCAGAAGAGUUAGACAACCACAUCAGAAAUGCUAUAAGAACCACUUUAUACACCAAUAAGGAGAUAGACCUCGAUAGAAUAGAGAACCUAGUUGACCGAAAUACCAUUGAUGAGAAACUUUUCCUCGAAAUGGUUAAUAACCGAAAAUAAAAGACUCAAAAGAGCUAAGAAAAAGCUAACAAAGUCAAUAAAAAUGCAGAGGACUAGGCAAACUCUCAAGCUUGAACAGUUAGAUUCAAUAGCUCCCGUAGCCCAAGUUGGUAUACCAAAGAAAUUAUCAUCAAAGAAGAAAUCGAAAUCAUUCAGAAUUUCUAUAGUAAAAGACCCUGAAAAUUUAUCCUCAGUUGAGGAAGAUCUUACUCAAAACCAUAAAGAUGAUGAUGUUGAGUAUCUAAAUAGAAGGAAGCAAUUUAUGAGAAAAUCUCAAAAAGAAAAGGAAAGAACAAGGCCUAGAAGAAUCACCCGUAUCAUCAAUGAUGAGAGUAGUGGCGAAGAGAGUAGCAUCGCCUCACCUACUAAGCUCCGAAGGAACCAAACCAGCAUCCCGUUCAAAAGAUUAAGCAACCUUAGAGCUGACUCUACUUCCAAGGAGAGACUGAAGGAGGCUAAAAAUGGGACUGUAGUCAGAAAGCAGAUGGUGAUCGAUAAGACUUAUAAAAUGAUCAGGCACACUAUUGAAGAAGUCACCUCUUCUAGCCAAUCUGCUCUAAAUAGAGAUUAUGACGAGGAAGAGAAGUUUUCAAGACCUAAGCCUGCACAAAUAACAGAGGACCCAUUCAUGAGAGCUAACUCUCUUAUUAAGGAAAAAGAAGGAGGAAAGUUUGCAAAUAUGCUCAAAAGGAUCGACACUUUCCAUGAGGAACAUAAGAAAUCGACCCAACAAGAGCCCACAGACGCACCUACAAACCCUCGAGGGUCUAUCAACGAUAAAAUCUCCACUAAAAUCCCAGAAGUCCAAAUCCCAGAUAACAUCUCUCAAGAUUUCUUUAACAAGAUCUUUCAUGAAGAAGAGUCAGGGAUUUUUGACCCUGAUGACCCGAAUUCAAGGGGUUUUGAGAAUUUUCAGAAAUUUGAAGAGUUCAAAAAAGCUAAUGAAGAGUUGUUCAGUGAACGUAAAAUGGAAUUUUAAGAAUUUUUAGAGGGGA